AGGUCACCCUGUUCAUUUGCCUUCAUUGACUCUUUUUCAACUGUCUGUUGGCCAUGUUUGCCCUGUACCAUUGAGCUUUUUCAGUGGUGUCCUCGAUUACGAUUUACCGUGCGGAAGAGCCUGGGUCUGCCAUUGCUACGGGAAUUGCUGGCCACUUUUGAGAACGACUUCGUCAUUGCUGCAGUAGCGGGAGCUCUGAAAAACAUCUGCAUUGAUCUUGACAACAAGAAAUUGAUCGGUGUGCAUUGUACCUCUGAACUGAUCAAACACCUGCCAGUCGACAUUGAGAACAACUUUGAGAACGUGUACUGUGAGAAAGUGGCCUUCGUCCUCCUUUGUCUGAAGGAGCUCUGUCGAGAGACUAAGUCCUGGGUGGGGGACGAGAGAGCGAAGGAGAAACAGAAGGUGCAUGAGGACAACUGCAGGUAUGUUCUACAUGGCGAUGGACUGAAGCUCAUCAUUCCCCUUGCAAAGUACAGAGAUAGGAAAGAGUCGCAGUCACCCAUUGUGCCAAUUCGGAUAGUGAAGAUAGCAGAGGAGCUGCUGGUUGAGAUGUGGAACUGCAAGUCCAUGCGGAAGGAGUACAAGGAGAGUAACUUCAGGAGGCCUCACUUUGACCCCCGGGCACUGGUGGGGGUGGAGAGAACUCACGAGCCCAAGACAGUCUCAUCCACAUUGCGCAAGAGUAGAGCGAAGUCCGCUGAUGACCUGAACAACAGCUUCGGAGGCACUAGAUCCAGACACGGCACUGCCAGCAGAGGCGCCACCGCCAACCGUCACGGGGGGUCUUCUACUAUGGUCAGUCGUGGGGGUGGGGCAGGUACAGCUGGGGAAGGAAGAGGCGACUACAACGGGUAUGAACAGGGGGGAAGCUACUCUGCGAGAGAUGCUGCAGCAGUGAGUCCAGCGAUGACUCCGCACAGCGUUACCAGUGGCGAAGCAGGGCAGUUGCAGCCGGAUUAUAAUAACCUUAAUCGACGCUAUUCGGGCGAUAAUGGCGAUAACUACAUGCAGAAUGAAUAUCGUCCUCAAGAUAUGAUGGAUGCUCCAAUAGCUGCCCCAAGGGGCUUGGAUCCGUUUCAAAUUCAGAAUAUGAGCCCAAAUUUGAACCAUUCACCAGUUAAUAGCGUCACUUCGGAUCGCAACUCCACCUCCUCUCAUCAAUUUGCACCUCCCUCUGCUAACCACAGCAUCCGAAGCAACAACACCACCACCAACCAAAAUCUAAGCACGCCUCACCAACCCUCGCAUGCACAAACCAAUUCUCCUAUGGUUAAUAACUCACAAAUGGGUGGUGUGUUGGAUUCCCAUGAAUACUCGAGUUUCCACAAUUCGCGAAUUAACAGCGUCACUUCGGAUCGAAACUCCACCUCCUCUCAUCAAUUUGCACCUCCAUCUGCUAACCACAGCAUCCGAAGCAACAACACCAUCAACAGCAACAACCAUCUUAACCCACCUUACCAACCCUCACAAUCACAAACCAGUUUGCCCAUGGCUAAUAAUUCACAAACACGUGGUGUGUUGGAUUCCCAUGUAUACUCGAGUAUUGACAAGCAAGGACGACAUGUUUCCUCUGGCUACAACUAUAACACACAAGUAUCAACGUCCGCGCAACGCCAGCCACAUCCGCACUACAUGCACCAGACGUCACACGCACCCCAGAACAACUCAGACAGCGACGCAGCCGGACACUCCUGGGUUUAAAGAGAGAAUUGGCGACGUAGUUCUAAUUACGUAAUCUCAAUGAAGUAAAAUCCAGCGAUGUAAUCGCAGUUUCUGGGAAAUUUUUUGGAACUUGGUUGUAUCUAUAAACUAUUUAAAGGUGAUUUCAAAUAAUUGUUAAACGUAAUACCGAAGGCAAUUGUAUUUUGGGUGUCGACGACAAAAGUUGGACUCGAAAUUAUUUUCUAAAAUGUGGUUGCAAAAAUUCUUCCUUGAAAGUAUGUCUAGAUUCUCCUGCGAAACUUGUUCAGUUAAUUUUGUGUCCAAAAAUAUACUUGAACAUGCCGCUACUGAUGUAUUAUAUUGAUGUUUCAUCCUAUAAUUUUGAACCUGUUUUUUUAUUUGCUUUUUUAGUUACCGCCUUUUCAAUUUCCUUGUUAGAAUUUUUUCAUAACAUUCAAUGAUAUUGGUUGUUGGAUCACAAAACUGAAAGAUAAUUCCCGCAUUUUAAGUGUGUUAAAAUCGCAAUGAACAAUUGAAUGCCGUUUUUGACUUAUUUUGAGUCUAAAUUCUAUUUCAUCCUGGGAUCCAUCUAUCAUACAUGUACCCAUUUAGUGCCUCUAUGCAAACUUAUAAAGUAAUUUUAGUUUUGUAGUAUAUGGGAAAAAUUGUAGAAACGAUCUCUCCGAAAGAUACUGAGUUGAGGUAACAAUUUGAUUUUCUUGAAUUUAUGCAAAAAAGUUGACCUCGUUAUUAGACGCCUGAAUUUUCUGUACUUCAAUUCAGCGAUAAGUAAUUUUUCAUAGGAUCAAUUUCAUCAUGAUGGCGCUUUGAAGUGUUUUCAAUUGUGAAUAUCACGUUUUUAUGUAGUCUGAAAUCAUUAAAGCUAACCUAAUGUACAUUUUGUUUCUAAUUAGAAUCCCAAAUUUGCUUUAACCGCUAACUCAUCGUAACUUUUGUAACGAGUUCUAAAUUUUGUAAAUGGAAAUUAAAAUUUAUUCACCUUUUCUUCGUGAAA